GUGUUCAUAGGUAUUGUGCGACCUACGAGCGAAACGUUCAUCAACGAGAGUGCUCUCGAAUCGUACAGAAUGGAGUACCGCACCAGGCACUCGAUCGACGGCGAGAUUAUACAGUGCGACUCCCGCAUUGCUCUCGUCACCGGCUACAUGACGCACGAAGUCAGCGGCGUGAACGCAAUGAACUUCAUGCACCGCGACGACGUGCGCUGGGUCAUCAUCGCCCUUCGAGAGAUGUAUGACCAGCACAGGCUAUUUGGCGAAUCAUGCUACCGACUUAUUACCAAGAAUGGUCAGUCCAUCUACAUGAGGACGCGCGGCUGUCUCGACGUCGACCGGGACUCGCGCGCCGUCACGAGUUUCGUGUGUACCAACACUGUCGUCGACGAGGAAGAAGGCAAACAGUUAAUAAAACUAAUGAAAAGGAAAUUCAGGCUUUUGGUAAAUAACAAUGAAUCCCCUAGAGUGGAUGAAAUCGAAGAUGCUCAUGAGGAAAAUGAGCAGAAUGACGACGAGGCGGUUCCAGUGGAAGACCCGCGGCGUCUCGAGCAAGUCAUUCUACAUUUGGUAACCAAUUUACCAUCGCCUGCGCCAUCAGAAUCUACUCAAGAACCCAAUUCUUCACCGCAGAAGAAUAAAUCGCCACAUCAUCUUACAAUAAUUCCUCCAAACAAGGAACGAAUAGUUAGCGCGAUUGAAAAAAUCUAUAACGUUAUAAAGGCGGUUCCGAGGAUUCUAGCCAUGAAGAGGGAAGUAGCUACGCUGGGUCAAGUCAUAGCACUCCCAAGUAUAACAAUACGCACCAAAUAG